CAGCAAUGUCAGAAUCAGUCCAAGUUCGCCAGCAGUUGUCUUCUGCAUUGGACACACUCCGUCAGCUGAUCAGCAAUGGUGAGCUGAUCUUGUUCCUGGGAGAACAGGCCUCAUGUCUUCCACAGCCGGCUUCUGUGGAGGACUGGUGGAAACACCUAGGGGACUUGGACAAAGAGGAUGCAGUUGGCAAGAUAGACCAGUUGGAGUCAAAUAUGAGAGAGAACCAGCAAUGGCUGCACACCAUCCUCAGAACGUUGGGCAGAUUUCCCAUAAUCUUCAAUGUCAACCCUGACCGCCUGGUGGAGCACUACCUUAUCAGACCAGGCGAUAAUGUCCAGACUGUUAGAUUAGAUAGGGUUGGAAGUCUGUCUGGUACAUGGCCCAAUGACCACAGAGUUCUACUUAUCAAGUGUUUUGGUGAUGCUUCGUAUGAUGAAAAAGACAAGCUCACAUCUGCUAGUAAGAACUACAUGGAGACCUUUCACUCCAUGGCAUCUGAGGAGACAGCAUUUGUAGAAAACCUUUUCCACCAACACAGUAUUCUGUUUCUUGGUUGUGAGAAAGACCACCCUCUACACAAGGCAUUCAUGGAAAGAUUUGUGAAACAUUCCAAGGGUCAACAUUAUCUCUUUCAACGAGGAACCACAUCAAGCUAUUUCCAAGAUGACCAUUUGACAACCAUCCAAACAGACAUGGAAAUCAAUGAAUUUGCCCAAUAUCUUACUCCAGGGAGUACAGAGUUCAAGAUAAGGGCACCCGGAGAGGUGUAUGAGCACUCCUACCUACCCACCCAGAGAGAGCAGUACUUAAAAGCUCAGUUAACUCUAGAAGCAGCAGCCUCUGAGAUAGGAUUCCAUACAGCUAAAGUCACCAAUGCUUUGGCCACAGAUGAGGCACUAGAGGCAGAGUCAAGGGGAAACUUGGAGAAAAUGUUUAAGAAUGAUCCCUUCAUUGGACAAUACGAUGCAAGAACAGUACAAGGAGCAAUGGAUGCCAUGAAAGGAAGACGAGACAAUUUAUUGAAGCUCAUUCAAAAUGGAGUAAGGGUGACAGCAAUCUUCAGAUUUGACACUUUUGAAAAAGACAUUGUUGAUGCCUCCACCAAAAAAGAUGUCCGCCAGAGAAAUGUGAGGAAAUAUGCCUCUGUUUUACUGCAGUCACGUUCUGUUCUAAAUAACCAGAGUAUGCUGGAGCUUAGAGUAGUGCAGGACAUGAAUGAAGAGCAGACAAAAAGGAUGAAGGAACAGUAUGCUGUUAUCAGAUUGAAGGGAAGCUCCGAUGAAGCUAUUGCUUAUGCCUCACCUGCUGUUGAAGGCAAGAAAAAUGUCAGCAUCAAUUUAAUCAGUGUUAAUGGUACUGAGGCAGCCAGAAAGCGUAAGAUAUUUGAGGAAAGCAGAGAAGCUGCGUGGGACCAUGAGAAGUCCAUGUUGAAUCUGACCACUGCACUACUACAAGCUGAUGAGGAACUGAAGGCCAUCAGUACGGAAGACAGAAAUAAACUUCAAAGGCUUUACAAUGUCCAGAUGUUGACAAAGACUGAGAUUGAACCUGGGACAUGGGAGAAGCUGGGUGAAGGAAGCUUUGGUGCAGUGUUCAAGGUACAGUGGAAAGGAAAAGAAAUGGCCUACAAAGUCUUGCAGAAGAUAUCAAAAGCAGAUGAUCUGGAGGAAUUUGAAGGAGAAUACCAGAGCUUGAAGAAAAUUCAUCAUCCUAAUAUCAUCUCUGUAGCAGAGAUGUACCGCACAGACAAUCCCAUACAGUUAGGUAUUUUGAUGGAGUACAUGUCAGGGGGCAGUGUCAGGGAUGUGAUGAACGAGAACCCAGGUCAAGGUCAGAGCAAGGACUUUGUCUCCAGGCUAGCCAUGCAAGUAGCAUGUGCUUUGGAUUAUCUGCAUUCCCUGAAGCCAGCCAUCAUACACAGGGAUAUUAAGGCAGAUAACAUAUUUAUGACAGCAGACAAACAGACCUUCAAGUUGGGUGACUUUGGUCUUUCAAGGAUUACCUACAGUACAUACCAGACUAAGACCAUGGGCUGGGGCUGUUACCGCUACAUGGCACCAGAGAUGGGAAGAACACAAAAAUAUUCACCCAAAGUAGAUGUAUAUGCUUUUGGUGAGCUUACAUUGACUGGGAUUUGGAUUGGAUGCAUAUCUCUGUAG